AUGGCGGUGCCCCAUGCCGUGGUCGGUGUGGAGGCAGGCAACAGUGAAACCGGACUGCUGCUGCCAGAUCCAACCACCGGCGACGUGAAGAGACCUCAGUUCGGGACCCGUUUCCUCACAGACCCGCGGCAGGUCUUCCAGCACAACGCAUGGGACAAUGUGGAGUGGACUGAGGAACAAGAAGCAUCUGCUAAGAAGAAAGUCUCAGAAAACAAUCAGCCACUACCGACUGAGAAACAAGAGGAAUACGACAACCGGGCAAAUGAGUUCUGGAACGACUUUUACACCAUCCACGAGAACCGUUUCUUCAAAGACCGUCACUGGCUCUUCACAGAGUUCCCAGAAUUGGCCCCACAGUGCAGCCAAAACCAUGAGUCCCGUCUCGAGGUCAAAGAGGACGGUCAGCAGGACGGUCCGGAUCAAGAAGAAAUGAAGGAGGCUGCAGCUGUGUGUCACACUGAAGGGAACAUCCCUGGCUCCUCAGCUUCAUAUCGCAUCCUGGAGGUUGGCUGCGGUGUAGGCAAUACAGUUUUCCCAAUACUGAAGACCAACAAUGACCCGGGACUCUUUGUUUACUGCUGUGAUUUCUCCAGCACUGCUGUGGAGUUAGUCAAGACUAAUCCGGAGUACGACCCUGAGCGCUGCUUUGCCUUUGUUCACGACUUGAGUGAUGUGGAAGCCAAUUACCCCGUCCCCGAUGGAACCCUUGAUGUUAUAGUACUAAUCUUUGUGUUAUCAGCGUUGCAUCCCAACAAGAUGCAGGCAUCCAUCAGCAGAUUAGCGCGGCUGCUGAAGCCCGGGGGAGUGAUGCUGCUCAGAGACUACGGACGCUACGACAUGGCACAGCUUCGCUUCAAGAAAGGAAGGUGUCUGUCAGAAAACUUUUAUGUCCGAGGUGAUGGAACAAGAGUGUACUUCUUUACUCAAGACGAGCUCCAUGAGAUGUUCGCUGAGGCCGGCCUUGAGAAGGUGCAGAACCUCGUGGACAGACGGCUCCAGGUGAACAGAGGCAAACAGCUCACCAUGUACAGGGUGUGGAUUCAGUGCAAGUACCGCAAGGCUCCAGCUCAGACCCAGGGCUGAGCCAAAUGAGAGAACCCGUCUGGCUUGACCUUCACCUGAACCACAGCUGAAAGCUCAAAUCGAGGCGAUGCUUGCCUUUUUCUGGGGGAUGUAUGGAACUGACAAGCUCUAUUGUGAUAAAGGGGGAUGCAACUGGAUAGUUAAACGCUUUUAAGGCUUUACACUAUCUUAGCCGCUAUAAUGAUGAUGGACUUGGUUAUAGUGAGUGUUUCGGAUGGUGCUAUACCUACAAGAGUGAUGAUUUCUCAUUUUGUGCCGAUAUUAUUCAGAAAUCUGAGAACGGGCUGGUUACCCCUGUUGAAAUGUUUUCAUUCUGCCAGCCAGAUGCCGUUUUUAAUGAGGUGAUGUUUUGAAAAUAACGGCAUGAUUUUUAAGACGACUUCAUGACCUUUUUGUACAUUCAAAAUUAAUAAAAUCUAAACUACAAA